UUUCCCUUCCUUACAGCAGAAGAAAGGAAGAAGAGGAGAAGAAAAGAAGCCGUUCUUCUCUCUCUCACUCGUGCCGCGUCUGACGUUAAUGACCGUUUGGAAAACGUCAGACGUUAUAACGGUAAGAAAUGAGUUGUAAUGGCUGCCGAGUGCUGCGGAAGGGAUGCAGCGAUUCGUGCAUCCUCCGCCCCUGUCUUCAAUGGAUCGACAGCUCCGAAGCUCAAGGAAACGCUACGGUCUUCGUAGCCAAGUUCUUCGGCCGUGCCGGUCUCAUGUCCUUCAUAUCGGCCGUGCCGGAAAAUCAGCGACCAGCCCUCUUUCAGUCGCUUCUCUUUGAAGCCUGUGGCCGUACGAUUAACCCUGUCAACGGGGCGGUGGGCCUGCUCUGGACGGGGAACUGGCACGUGUGUCAGGCAGCGGUGGAGACCGUACUCCGCGGCGACACGCUCCGGCCGCUGACGGAGGAGCCUCCGGUGCCGGAAUCGGGGGAGAUUCAGCGGGAUCCGUACGGUCGAUCGGCGGCGAUGAGGGUGGAGAAGCUGCAAGGUUCGGAUCUUGAUCUCUGUCUGCGGUCGGGAUCGACGGCGGGGAUGAAGCGGCGGCCGGUGACGCCGAAUUCGGAUGGAUCGGUGACGACGUGUGCGGAGAGCGGCGGCGGCGGCGGCGAUCGGAAGAUGCUGAAUCUGUUCGUUUGAAACGCGGGGGUGUCAGGUUCCCGGCGAACGGUGUAAGAUUCCGGUUCCUGGAAUUUCAACGGUUGUGGUUGGAUUCCGGCGAGGUUUUUGUUUUUCUACCGCAGGGGAUUUAGCUUUUGGAAGAUGAACCUGUCGGUUUGUUUUUUUUUUGUUUUUUUGUUUUUUAAUGACGUGUGACGCUUAUUAAUAUAAAUAUUUUGUAAUUUUCUCUCUUUUUAAAAUAAUUUUAUAUUGCAUGGCCCA